GUUCUCUCUCUAUAUCGCACGUUUACGUUGUGGCCUUUUUCCCGCCAAGCUAAACCCUAGCAUGGAAUGAGAUAGAGAAACCCUAACCGGUCGAGGAAAACCCAAAUAGUAGAGCUCGGAGCUCCCCUCACCCUACAAGUUCUGUCUGCACUAAUUUGUACAGUACCAAGAGUAAGAUCAACACAAACCCUAGACGAAACUCUGUGUGCAGCGAGAGUGAGGAAAAGGGAAAUGACAAGGGAGGAACGCUUGGGGGAGAAGAGGGGGGAGGAGGAGUCGAGGAGGAGGAGGAGCAGCACCCCGCCAGAGGAGGAUCCCUUGGGUGACGAUAAUGACAACGAGGCCCUGCUGGUGGCAUCGGUGGAGAAUGAGAGGAGGCUAGCGAGGCGACUCCGGCUCAGCCCCAAUCCCGAGCAUGUGCCGGAGAGCUAUGAGGGGAUGCGGCAACAACUUGAGUUCCAUCCGUCUGUAUUCAGAGCUCUGGAGCGCCACCUCCCCACCUGCAUGCUCAGGGUCCCCAGGGAUGCUAAGCUCGACUUCAUGCGCAAGGUCUUGUUCCGGUACCUUCCCAAUGGGGAUUUUGCAAGGGUGCAAAAAAUGAAAGAAUAUCGGGAGAAGAUCUUACAACAUUAUCAGCCUCUGCAUAAAGAGCUGUACGUUAUGCACCCUACUGCUUUUUUUGUUCCGUCUUUUCUUAAAGCAAUCCAAGAGAAUACACUGGAGAGCUUUGGUGCUAUUUUAACUGAACCAUCACCAGGAAUCUACACUUUUGAUAUGCUUCAGCCGCGAUUCUGUAAUUUGCUGUUAGCUGAGGUCGAAAAUUUUGAAAAGUGGGUCCACCGAAACAAGUUCAGAAUAAUGCGACCAAACACAAUGAACAAGUAUGGAGUCGUUCUGGAUGACUUCGGCUUGGAAGUUAUGCUAGAUAAACUGAUGGAUGACUUUGUGUGUCCCUUAUCUAAAGUUUUCUUUCAUGAAGUUGGGGGAUCUACUCUUGAUUCACAUCAUGGUUUCGUUGUUGAAUAUGGGCAAGAUAGGGAUGUUGACUUGGGUUUCCAUGUGGAUGAUUCAGAAGUUACUUUGAAUGUUUGCUUGGGAAAGCAAUUUUCUGGCGGUGACUUAUUUUUUCGAGGCAUUCGUUGCGAUAAUCAUGUCAAUUCUGAACCAUAUCCUGAGGAAAUUUAUGACUAUCCUCACAUUCCUGGACAAGCUGUACUUCAUAGAGGUCGUCAUCGACAUGGAGCCAAAGCCACAACAUCUGGACAUCGAGUCAAUAUGUUAUUAUGGUGUAGGAGCUCUGUUUUCAGAGAGCUGAAGAAGUAUCAGAAAGACUUUUCCAGCUGGUGUGGGAAAUGCUUGCGUGAAAAGCAACAACGGCAGCGGGAGCUAGUUGCAGCAAGGAGAAUGGAAUUCAUGAGGGAGACGGAAUCGGUGGUUUGAGCACACAAAUUGAGAGUAUUCGUGGCGGGAAGGGAAUCAAUGAUUUGAGCCUUCACGUGGGCUCAUUUGUAGCUUAAUUUUGUACAGUAUGCUAGUGCUUUUUGUUGCCGAGGAGCUUCUUACCCCGUAGUUCUUAAUGAAAUGUGCAUGGCCCUUUCUCUUCGUUAUGAAUGAAAUUAUUAACUAUAUCUUGAGUCAUUGUGCCGGAGAUGUAUUACUGCAGGUGUAUUGAUAUCGCCAGGUGUCACCCAGUUUGGGGUAUUAUUUAUUUCGUUGAAGUGAAUUA